AUGGUUGCGCCUGGUGCGAUAACGGCGAAAGAGGGUGCUAGUAGAGACACCUCGGAGCACGACACGUUGACUGCACGGAGCCGAUCAUCCUCGGGCGCCAACCCUGACGGACGCGAGGAACGCCAUCGAGAUGGCGACCAUGACUCCGGGGCAAGUGAUGAUCACGACGAAGACGAAGACGACGAAGAGGAGGAGGAUUCAGACGAUGAGGAUGAGGAGCCCCGACUCAAAUACGCCUAUCUUACCAAGCACUUGGGAUCGGUAUUCCGCAACGGAGACGCGACCAGUACAUUCCUUGUUGCAGGAGACAAGAUGAUCAUUGGAACGCACAAUGGUGUUGUUCAUGUCCUAUCUUUACCCCUUCUGCAGCCCCUCCGCGUAUAUCAUGCACACUCAGCAAGCGUCACCUCCAUAUCUAUAUCACCUUUCCCACCUCCUCUGCAGAGUAUCAAGCUCGAUGCCUUCAAUAAACCAGUCGCAGAUGACCCCCGACCUCCGACACGGACAUCAACAAGCUCGGGCAGCAUCCGCGGACAUCCUAAGUCGAGUCAACAGACGCCUAUCCCACCCACACCGUCAAACUCAAUAUACAUUGCAUCUUCCUCAAUCGACGGUAUUGUGUGCAUAUUCUCCUUGGUAGACCCCAAGGAUAUCAUCAAACGGAAUUUUGGCCGGCCAAUUCAAGCGGUUGCACUCUCCCCAGACUACAAGAAUGAUAGGACAUUCAUUUCUGGCGGACGAGCUGGCGAGUUGAUUCUCACUACUGGCGGCCGUAUUGGGGUCAGUUCAAAUGCUACUACAAUGGGAGGUGCAACUGCGACAGCUUCGAGCUGGCUGGGAUCGAUGGGCUUGGGCACUGGCAGCGGGAAGGACAUCAUAUUACACAGCGGAGAAGGUGCUAUCAGUACUAUUCGGUGGUCAUUGUCAGGGCGAUAUAUCACCUGGGUCAACGAGGAAGGGAUCAAGAUCAUGCGAUCCAAUCUGCACCUCGAAUCUUCUGAGUCGGAGUUUGCGUGGAAGCGGAUCAGUCAUAUUGACCGGCCAAACCGACCGGGAUGGGAAGAAAUGGCUAGUGUUUGGAAAGCGCGCGCAGAGUGGAUCGACCAAUCUGCUUUGGACGAUGACAAAAAUCUAGAUCCUAAUGACGAGACGACGGAGAAUCAGGCAGCCCGGAUUGUGGCAACUGAGAAAACCGAAAAGCUUGUCGUAGGCUGGGGAGGUACUGUGUGGGUCAUCGAUGUCUUCCCUGAUCGGGCAAGCAAGUCCUCGAAAGGGGAGAGAUAUGGCUCUGCAGAGGUGUCUACGAUAUUACGAACGGAUUGUGUGGUAUCUGGUAUUUCGAUGUACAGUCCUCGUCUUCUUGUCGUUCUCGCAUUCAUCGAAGCCGAAGACGAUUCUUCAGAGAAUCCAGUGAGAACCUCUGGGCGGCGUCACCGACAGAGGAGCCUCGAGCCUGAACUGCGGAUCAUCGAUAUUGAAACAAAGGAAGAGCUGAGUGCAGAUACGCUGUCUGUCAGCCGAUUUGAAGGCCUCACAUCUUCGGACUACCAUCUGAGUGUUUUGCCUCCGUGGAAGACCCCGGAGGGACAAGUGGUCCAGCGGGGCGCUUUGGGCACUAUUGGACAUGGCCUUCUGGAUGCUACGAUGUACUCGGCUCGGCUCUUCAGCUCUGCUGGCAGUAUCCGCAGCACUACCAGCAGCGGGGACAAAAUCUCAGCCAGAGUGGCCCCGUCCUUCACCUCCAGACGUCUCUCCGCCGAUGAACCCCUUCCUAAGGAAGUGCAAGAUAUCUCAGCAGCUCCAGGCGCCAAAGUUUUUGUUCACAGCCCGUACGACUGUGUUGUUGCGGUCAAGAGAGACCUCUCAGAUCGGCUUUCGUGGCUAACCUCUCAUGGCCAGUAUGAAGAAGCGUGGAGCCUCAUUGAUGAACAUCCCGAGGCCGCAGGACUGGCUUCAGACUUGGUCGAAGUCCCCUCUGGGUCCCUCAAAUCCCAAAGCAGCCUGGGAGACUUUUUCGCUGAUGAUCGAGACUCGGUCACUACUACUGGUCGACCAAAGGUCUCCGCUUCCGACCAAGAAAAGGCUCGGAUCGGUGAACUUUGGGCUGGGCAACUUGUUAGUGAAGACAAGUGGUCAGAAGCUGCUGAAGUCUGUAGCAAGGUUCUUCCCAAUGCCUCCCGGUGGGAGCAUUGGGCAUGGAUAUUCAUCAAGAAAGACAAGUUGGAUGAGAUCACCCCGCACAUCCCCAUCGACUUGCAUCCUUCACUUUCUGCUGAGAUCUACGAGUUUGUUCUCAACCAUUACGUUUCGCGGGAUUUCGGCCGCUUUAAGGAGUUACUGGAGGCUUGGCCCUCGGAUUUGUUUGACCCUAACAAGGUGACUUUGUCGAUCGAAGAUCAGCUGAAGUCGGAUUCAAUAGCCGUCGAGUCAGAAGAAUGGCGAAUUCUCACCGAUUGUCUUGCAAAGCUGUACCUGGUGGGUGGCCAUUACUGCGAGGCUCUGCAUUGCUACAUCCGUCUCCAGGAUGCAGAGGCGGCAAUGUCUUUGAUUCGGGAGCACCGCCUGGUAGAUGCGGUGUCUGAUGAUAUUCCUGCUUUCAUCAUGAUCCGGGUGACAAAAGAGCAGAUGAAAUCAGCACCAAGAUCUGAGCUGGAAGAGAUGACCGCGGAGCCAAUUCAGCUCCUGGUCAGUGAGGCUUACACGGGCAUUGUCCCUCCCGAGUCUGUCGUUUCCCAGCUCAAGGCCGCAAAUCGGAUCUUGUUCCUCUACUUCUAUCUUCGUGCUCUCUGGCGCGGUGAAGCUCUACCCCACAAGACUUCCAAACCCAGACGAGGCCGUGGAAUCCAUGCCCUUGAUGCAGCAAGCAAACUGGCAGCGGACGAAGGGAAAGCUUUGAUCGAUGGCUUUGCUGAUACUGCCGUUGAGGUUUUUGCCGAUUAUGACCGGCCCUUGUUGAUGGAGUUCCUGCAAACCAGUAUCUCGUAUACCUUUGAGACAGCCACUCAUAUCUGUGAGCAGUACCACUUUACUCAGGAGCUAAUCUACCUGCUGUCAAAGAUGGGGCAGACGAAACGAGCCUUGAACCUUAUUCUAUCAGAUUUGAAGGAUGUGUCUCAGGCCAUCUCCUUCGCCAAGUCGCAAGAGGAUCCAGAUCUCUGGGAAGACCUUCUUGAUUACUCCAUGGACAAGCCGAAAUUCAUUCAUGGGCUCCUUGUCGAGGCUGGAACAUCCAUUGAUCCUAUCAAGCUAGUCCGUCGGAUCCCGAGCGGGCUUGAAAUUGAGGGCCUGCGGGACGGCCUCACUCGACUGAUACGCGAGCAUGAUCUACAGGCUAGUAUUAGCCAAGGUGCUUCUCGGGUCAUGCAGAGCGAGGUUGCCCUGGGGAUGGACACACUUCGCCGAGGACAACGACGCGGGAUCAAAUUCAAUACUACCGAGGAGAGCGCUGUUGAUGAAGGGAAGACCGCACGUAUAGUCCAGACCAAGGACCAAGGUCGUGAUGACCUGUCGGAUUCCAGUGGUUCAACUCGAUGCGCGGGCCCCGGACAAGGGCGAUGUGGUGGUUGCAAUGCCCCAUUCCAAGCAAACGAAUCUGAAAUCCUUAUUGGGUUCGCUUGUGGGCAUGUCUUCCAUCUUUCGCACCUGCACCCCGCGCCAUCGCAGCAGCAAUCUACUGUGGGGACUCCCGACCGGUCCGCAGACCGUACACCCCGGCCGUCAUCUCCAUCCGAAGAGCCCACCUUUUCAUCUGCCUCUCGCACUGUGGGUCCCAAAGUUACCACCGCACGUCUUUUGCGAGACAAGAUCGGUGAGGGAUGUCGGAUCUGUGCUCUGACAAGGAAGAUUGAGUCUCUUGGCAUUGAAGGCGAGGUCUAA